AGCUCCACCUGGAAGGGAACUUCUUGCACCGCCUCCCCAGUGAGGUCAGCACCCUGCAGCACCUCAAGGCCAUCGACCUCUCCCGGAACCAGUUCCAUGACUUCCCCGAGCAGCUCACCACCCUGCCAGCGCUAGAGACCAUCAACCUAGAGGAGAACGACAUCGUGGGCAGGGGAGGGCAGAACCUUCCAGGGAGCUGCAGCUUCACCCUGGCCUUCAGCAAGAGAAGAGAUCCUCCAGAAUGCAGCCUCUGCUGUCCUCCUGGCCUGGGGGCACAGAUGCCUGCCAGGGCCUCAGGAUCGCCCUCCCCUGACUGUUGCAUGCCUGUUCGAGUCUCAUGCUGUGCCACAGAAUAA